AUGGAGUUUGAAUAUGGCGUUAUAGCAGAAAAGCAAAUCCCUAACGGGAUUCGAACGGGAUUCCAGCUCUAUCUCCCCCAAAACAGGCCUGAGAGAGUGAGGAUGGUCACGGAACGGUCGCCGAUGAGCCAUGCAGGUACAGACAAACAGGUGCAAACAGUAGCAAAUCCCGACGCUGACGUGCUCGAGGAGAUCACGGGAUUCCCCGCACUGGACCCAAAGCGCGGACUGCUGAUCUAA